GUUUGGGGUGGGGGUGGGGGAGAACAGAUAUUUGGACAGGGUUGAGAAUGGCCGGGUGUUAAACCGGAGGGGCUGGGUAGGGGCUUCUCUCUGGGCCUCCCUCCUUCACCAGUGUCCACAUUAACUUCCUCUUCUGCAGCCGCAGCAUCUCUCUGUUGAUUGCCCCACUUCUGGGGGCCUUAAGGCAGCAGGAGCGCCGCCACCAUGAACCUGGAUCGAGUUUCCAACGAGGAGAAACUCAACCUGUGUAGGAAAUACUACUUAGGUGGCUUUGCCCUACUGCCUUUCCUGUGGCUGGUGAAUGUUUUCUGGUUUUUCCGAGAGGCCUUUCUGGUGCCAGCAUACACCGAACAACUGCAGAUCAAGCGCUAUGUCCAGCGUUCGGCUGUGGGUCUCCUUUUCUGGGUGAUCGUUCUGACUACAUGGAUCAGCAUCUACCAGACGCACCGGGCCCAGUGGGGCGAGAUGGGUGACUACCUCUCCUUCACCAUCCCUCUGGGUACCCCCUGAAGAAUCCCUUCUCUUGCUAUCGGGAAGCUUCUAACAAUUUUUCCAGUGGACUUCCUGGGCAUUGGUUGUCUUGAUUUCCCUAUGGAACUAGAGUGGCAUCGUGCCAUGCUGAACUGAGGAGAGGGGAGGCUCCUCUCAAUGUUUCCCAGGAUCCUCCAUCCAGUGUACCCCAAUUACAGGCCGUUUGCAGAAGUGGUCAAUAAAUAUGGGAUUAUCCAUC